AUGUUGAGUGACAACAGAGGCCAAAUCAUUAUGAACGUAACAUUUUACGUCCCCACCGUGACUAUCCCCUCCCCCACCCCGCUGGAUUCACACCUGCGACACGGACUGCGAGAUACUCCAGACACAGCGCGCUGCAGAGGAGAGAAGAUGUCUAAGGAUAAUGAAGAUGAAACUAGUUACAAGUCAUCUACGUAUGGCAGCUCUGGAUGUACAGUGGAUGAUCUGACAGAUGGUCCUGAAAAGACAACUACGAUAGAUGGUCCUGAAAAGAAGACAAAGGCUCAAAGCCAUCACCUGAGUCGCCUCCAAAAACUUAGAGCGCAUCAGAAUGUUUGUGAAGAUCGAUACUUGAAGGCGCAAACAAAAAUUUUAAAAGAUGAACGUGAAAAGACUUUAUUUUUACAUCAGCGCAUGACAACAAAGUUCAACACACGCACAACAGAAGAAUCUCCUUCAAAUUCAGAGUUGAGUGAGGAUGAAUAUAUACCAGAGACAGAGGAAGAAUCGGACUCUGAAUCAGAGGGUUUAGCAGAACAUAAGAUCAAACUGCAUAAGAGAAGAAAGGUUAAGUCAAAAACAACAAGAGCUCAAUCUUGUAAAAAAAGGCGUGUGACAUGUUCUAGUUCCUUGUCUACCAGUGGCACCAAAGAAUCCUCUUCAUCUGAUGAACAUGAAGGGAGAGAAUGCUCUUCACCUGAAAAAAAUGACACCCAACAAUCCUCUUCAUCUGAUGAACAUGAAGGCAGAGAAUCCUCUUCAUCUGAAAAAAAUGACACCCAACAAUCCUCUUCAUCGAAUGAUCAUGCAAGCAGAGAAUCCUCUUCGCCUGAUAAUUCUGAUGUGACUGUCAUGAUGCUAAAGAAAAAAACUGAUGACCGCAGACUAUACAACAAAAAGUCCUACUGCUUUUUCUGUGCUAAACCAUUCAGUAAAAUGGCACGUCAUUUGGAAUCGCAGCACAAAGAUAAGCCAGAGGUGGCAAGAGCUGUUGCAUUUCCGAAAGGAUCUAAAGAGCGAAGAUUACAGCUGAUUUUAUUGAGAAAUAAAGGAAACCGUUGUCAUAAUACUGAGGUGAUUAAAGAAGGAAAAGGAAUGGUGAUACCCCGACAGCAAUCCAAGGCACCAGUAAGAGCAAGUGAUUACUUGCACUGCGUAAACUGUGCGGCGUACCUGAAGAGAAGAUCAUUAUGGAGGCACAUGCAGAGAUGCCAUCUAAACCAGAAAGUCAAAGGAAUGAAGCCAGGAAAAACUCGAGUUCAGUCCCUUUGCAUGUAUACUGAACCAGUUCCAGAGAGUGUGAAUGCACGUUUUUGGAAAAUGGUGCUUGAAAUGCAUGAGGAUGAGAUAACAAAUGUUGUCCGCAAAGAGAAGGUCAUCUUAAAAUUAGGGCAACAUCUCUUCAAUAAGCAUGGCCAUGAUGUCACAAAACAUGAAUAUAUCAGACAAAAGAUGCGUGAGACAGGGCGCCUAGUCCUCCAAGGAAAAAAGAACGGCAAGUUGAAGGAGGUUUCAGAUUUCUUCAUCCCUGCCAAUUUCCCUGAUGUAAUUGAAGCAGUUCACAGUGUGGCUGGCUUGAAUGAGGAGACGAGCACAUUCAAAGCACCAUCUUUAGCGCUGAAGUUGGGACACAACCUCAAGAAGAUGGCCAACAUUAUUGAAUGUGAGGCAAUGAUGUCAGGUGAUAAAAAUGCCCUUAGCAACGUGCAGGCCUUUAAAAAAAAUCUGCGACACUAUAUGGAGUGAGUGUGUGUCAUCUCAGGCACUCCGAAAUUUGAGCGAGGCAAAAUGGAACUGUCCACAACUUCUUCCCUUUGCUGACGAUGUGAAAAAAAUGCACCAGUAUCUUGACAGACAGAGUAAGGAAUACCAAGCAAAACUUGAAAAAGAACCAAGUAACAAGCACUGGGCAGAACUUGCAAAAGUGACACUCUGUCAGGUGAUACUUUUCAAUCGUAGAAGGGAAGGAGAGGUAUCCAAGAUGGCCCUUAAUGCUUUUAUAUUGAGGGAUACCUCAUUGACUCAUCCAGAUGUAGAGCUUGCUCUGUCAGACCUUGAGAAAAGACUUUGUAAGCACUUCCAGAGAAUCGAGACAAGAGGCAAACGUGGACGAAAGGUCCCCAUUCUACUUACACCUGAAAUGAUGAAAUCAUUGGAGUUACUGGUGAACCAUCGCCGCGAGUGUGAUGUGCUUGAUGAGAAUGUAUUUGUGUUUGCGAGACCACAAGCCCUCAGCCACUUCAGAGGUUCAGAUGCUAUCCGUCAAAUAGCUCGAAGCUGUGGG